ACUCCUAGUGGGGAGACCGAGGGAGCGAGGAGGAUCAGCCGCAGCUGCCAGCUGCUCCGCAAGGGCAGACUGCAGAGUGGGUGAGAACCAGCCGAGCAGAGCAAUAGAUCCAGCGGCCUUCAUCCUUGCUUCCUUGGCCUCGCUUUGCUUUUGCUUCAGUCUGCCACUCUGCUCGGUCAGGUCUCUCCCCUCCUCUCGACUGCCGAGAUUGGGAGCGAGCGAGAAGCGAGCGGAAAGAGAGGGGAGAUCCAAUCCAUUCCAAUGGCUGGGCGGCGCGCGGAAGAGGAGUACGACUAUCUCUUCAAGGUGGUGCUCAUCGGGGACUCCGGCGUCGGCAAGUCCAACCUCCUCUCCCGCUUCACCCGCAACGAGUUCUGCCUCGAGUCCAAGUCCACGAUCGGCGUCGAGUUCGCAACGCGAACGCUCCAUGUUGAGGGCAAGAUCAUCAAGGCGCAGAUCUGGGACACGGCAGGUCAAGAGCGGUACCGGGCAAUCACGAGCGCCUACUAUCGUGGAGCCCUUGGCGCUGUCCUUGUCUAUGAUGUGAGCAAGCCCACCACCUUUGAGAACAUCAGCCGGUGGCUCAAGGAGCUGCGCGACCAUGCUGACUCCAACAUCAGAAUCAUGCUCGUCGGCAACAAGACCGACCUGAGACACCUCCGGGCUGUUGCCACGGAGCACGCCCAGAACUUUGCAGAGGCAGAAGGCCUAUCCUACAUCGAGACCUCCGCGCUGGAGGCGACAAACGUGGAGGAGGCGUUCCAGCUCAUUCUGGGCGACAUUUACCGUGCCAUCAGCAAGAAGCCCGUGGCGUCAGACGAGUCUGGGGCAGGGGCAGCCGGAGGCGUCAAGGAAGGUAAGACGAUCAAUGUUGCAGCUGACGCUGCUGCUGAAAAGAAGCAAUGCUGCUCAACUUAGUAUGGGUGGUGCGUCCUGCUGAGAUAUUUCAGAGGCGUGUAUGCUGUUGUAAUGGCCAUUUUGAGUCCAAAGUUUGUUGAUUCAUUUUGUCAGAUAGUACCUUUGUUGGACCUCAUGUUCACAUUUUCUCUAAAGCAAGCAGUUAUAUAUGAUUAUAUCGAAUCAUCAAGUCAA